UCAUAAUCCUAAUCAAAGACUUCAUCAUACAUGCUGUAAAGUAUGCUAGGAUGGCAGAGUCCAUUGGAGGAGCAAUACGACUUCAAGAAGAUGAAGACCAAGCAUCUACCUCGACUUUGACAGCUUAUGCAACGAUACUUGACCCAUUGCAAGAACUGUGUCCAUCUCUAGAAGCAACCAAAGCGCUGUGCAGCAAACCUUCCUCAGAGAUACCUGGCGGUGAAGCAUUACGGCGGUCCAAAAUACAGAAUGCCAUCUUGAAAGCUGCUUCGAGUGGUGAUAAUGAUCUGCUUCUUUGGAUAUGCUCUCAAAUUCAGGCAAGUAGAUUACAGCAGAAUUUGCCUGCUUUCAAUGGAUUCGAUUGGGCAACGAUUCGAGAUGAAGAUGCUAUUGGUCCAGUAAAUUUGGCAACAUCGAUGGGUCAUGCAGAUGCAGUUCGCACCCUUAUUCAAGCAGGAGCAGAGAUCAAUGAGCGGGACUCAUCAGGUUGGACUCCUCUUAUGUUUGCCAUCAACAACGCUAAUCUGCCAUUGGUUUCGUUUUUACUGUCACAUGGAGCAGACAGUGAAGCAAAGACAUCGAAAGGUGUCUCUUGUGAAGAUUUCAUUCUAUCUGCACCCACUCCUGCUGAAGGAUCAACAGCAGAAGGUGAAGAUCGACAACUAAUUAGCGACUUGAUCUUUGAGCAUCAAAGAGCGUCGCAUCUGGAAAGAGAGCAAACCUCAAACCUACAGCAAAGACUGCGGUCACUGAGUGUGAGGAGCGAUGGUGACAGCAUCAGACAGUCGCCCUUUCAACAGACACCUCUUUCCGAAGAAUCACGCUCGCCAGGGAAGCAAAGCUUCAUAGCUAGCAGCAUAGGUGGGCAUAGUCGAUCAUCUAGCACAACCAUGCGAAGACUUGUCGGUCACGCAGAGCGAACACAAAUCGCCGAAACAGAAUUGAGGGCGAGAGAACUUGGAGAAGGUAGAAGAAGAGCUUUGUUAGAUGUGGCGGUGAUGUUGCAAGUGGAAUAUCAAGAUUUGCUGGGGGAGCAGCCUACCCUGGCCAAUCCCACUGAUCGUCAAGCAAAAAAACGGAAAGGAAAGCCAGUUCAUUCCGGCUUGGCAUCAGGUUGUGGUGCGAUAGAGGUAGGCGCAGAUCCGUUGAGCAACGAAUUCGACUUUGAAAGUGUUCGAGCUGAUCAAAUGCUGGUCUUUGGAGAAAAGCACGUCGAUGCGAUUCUGAAUUAUAUUGUCAAGCAAGCAAAACCAAUACGUGCUCCCUGGACAAGUCGUAGCAAGCCAGCCAAUGUGAUGUACCUUUGCUUGCGUUAUGCCAGCUUUAUGGCAGAUGAAGAUCUACAAGAAGAACUCUUGUUUGGCUUUGUCAAUGCGGUCGAAGCUGUGCUUUAUGCAAAACCAACGGAAUUGACUUACCUUGCAUUUUGGUUGCAUAAUGCUGUUUUGCUCUUGCACUACUUGCAAAAGGAUGCCACUCUUGCCACUAUUGCAGCAGGGGAAGAGUAUCGAUCCAUAUUGGCAGAGCUAGUGAACGAGAUCUACAUCUUUAUCGUGCGGGAUGUUGAACGAAGAAUUGACAAGGUUCUAGAUAGUGCCAUUCUGGAACAUGAAUCAAUUCCCUCUCUCGAUGGUGAAGAGAUUAGGUACGAGAACGAGUGGUCUAUUCUAAAAACAUUGAAGGGAAGUGUAAGAGGUUUUACUGGCAGUGCUGGAUCCUCCCCUGCUGGUAAGAAGCGAAGGCCGCUCAGUCAAAUCUUUGCAGCAGCAAACACACCAGAAGCUGGAUCUCCAAGAAGUGCUGCAAACAUUCCAACAUCAUCGCCGGCUUCCGUUUCCAGAGAUGGAUCGAUGCGUGCAAAGCAAGACAAUGCCAAGAUGGCCUUUUCACCCUCCUCACCGUCGAAGUUAGGAUCAAGACCGACAUCACUUGCCAAGACUUCUAAUCUUGGAAAGAACUCUAGCCCUUCUGACAGUUCUGCUUCCGAUUUGAUGACCAAACCUUCACCAAGAACAAUCACAACGAUGCUCACUAGCGUUUUGCACGUUUUGCAAUUGUACGAAAUCAAUCCUUGUAUCAUCGUUCAAGCGUUGUCUCAAAUCUUGUUUUGGGUAGGAUGCGAAACAUUCAAUCGAAUCAUGGUAAACAAGAAGUUUAUUUGUAAGAACAAAGCUAUGCAAAUUCGACUCAACAUUUCAGGUUUGGAAGAUUGGGUAAAGACGAACGCUUUACCUGGUACAUUGAUCAGUCAUCAUUUUGCCAAGGUGAAUCAGUUGGUUACAUGGAUACUGUGUCAAAGCAGUUUGACAGAUUUUGAUGGAUUGAUUGCUACUUUGCAAGGCCUAAAGUCGCUCAAUCCGCUACAGCUGAAACACAUCAUUGGCGAGUAUCGAUAUGAGAUCGGGGAGCACAAGAUGAAAUUGGAAUGUGUCCAGUAUCUCGAUCAAUUGGAGAAAGAUUGGCAAAGAGGAAGGAUAGAGGCUGCACGAGCAAAAGUCUCAGCAGAGAAGGAAAUCAAACCAACGCACGGUAGAAGUGGUACGGCUACUCAAUCGGAUCCUGAUGGUAUGCACAGGAGUGAAAGCUUUAUGCAAGAGACUGAAGCUUGUCAUUCACCCGAUGGUAUGGAAUUGGACGGUGACAGUACAACGAUGGACAUCAGUGCAGAGGAAACACCAGAGGGUCGAGCAGCACGCGAGAUUCAAAGAGAGAUUGACUCUCUCUUUCUUACUGGGAGGACAAUCAACGACUACGUUCCGCGUUUGGCAUCAAUAUCCAAUGAGAACAGCAAUGGCGAUGUGCGUACAGCUACGUAUGAAUUGGAGUUGAAUAGCCGAGAGAUGUUGCCCUUCGCAUUACCGAGCCAAGCAGAAACACUGGUUGUCAGCCCUGGCGAUGCGUUUGGUUUUGGCAGGGGUCACUUUAUGCAUACUGGUACGCCCAGUCUCAAGAGCAUGCGGACUGACAGCCUUGUUCCAUCACCUUGCCCAUCGCCAUCAUUGAGGCUAGGCAGUACCGGGGCUCCGUCUUCGCGAUCAUCUUCGCCUCUCAAAGGCGUAAGCAGUGCUGCAUCAAGAUCGAUCGGCAAAGGACCGGGGGGACUUGGAUUGGGAAUACAAAAUGGCGAGAAUAAUGAUCAAAAUGAUGAUACCCUUUCGAUUACCGCAUCUUCUCAUUUAUCUGCUGCAUCUUCAUCUUCUGUUGCAUCUUCUACGCUUUUUCCACAAGGUAAAGGUUUUACUGCCGGUGCAUAUUGGCAACCGGUACCUGUGUUACCAGAAGGGGUAUUGGAAUCACUUAACAAGUUGAUGCAAUAGAGAGUUGUCAUUAUGUAAAAUAAACAUUAGUUUUCUUUUUGUAUAAAAAAGCCUG